AUGAUUAAUGAUUAGUUGUAAUCUAAAGAAUUUUUAGAUGGAGAAGAAAAAUAAAAAGUAAAGUUUUCUUAACUUAAUAUAAAUACCACAACACCCAAAUACUCCAAAGAACCUGAGUAAUGUGUGUUUUCUCCAAUAAAUAAAUCUACAUAAAAUGAUUUUUUUAUUACAAGCUAAGAUAAACUAUAAGAUUAAAAAAUUAUAGAAUCCUAAUACUAAAUUGCAAAUCAUAAUUUAAAAUUGUUUAAAUAAUCUCUAGAAAUGGAAUAAUUUAAUAAAGUUUUUAGCACUUCUGUGAUAAAACCUGCUAAAUAGAUAAGUAAGCCUAGUUAAGAGACUAAAGAUCAAACCAGUACAUCUGAUAAUUUAUAGCAAAAUUAAAUAUUUAGUAACAAUAUGCUUCUUGAUUCUUAACGCUUGAAUGAUACCAUGUUAAAUGAUAGCCAAUCCAUCAAAUAAGAAUAAUUUAAAUACUCCGCAUAAAACGUAAAGCAAAAUACCUUUUAGACAUUAGUUAGCCACACUAAUAAAUAACAAAAAUGA